UGGCACGAAUCCACUCUCACAUUUCGCAUAUCCGUCAACCCACGGCUUGAUCCAGCACCGCACAAACACCACCCAACGCUCUUCUUCGCCGAUCGACCACAAGAGCCUCGCUCGCCACUACCGUCAAGAUGCCUGGUGUUUCCGUUCGCGAUGUCCCUGCCGACAAGUUCAUCGAUGCCUACGCUGCUUUCUUGAAGCGUCAGGGCAAGCUCCCAAUCCCAGGUUGGACCGAUACUGUCAAGACCUCCCACGCAAAGGAGCUCCCACCUCAGAGCCAGGACUGGUUCUACAUCCGCUCUGCUGCUAUCGCCCGCCACAUCUACAUGCGCAAGACUGUCGGUGUCGGCCGCCUCAGGAAGGUUCACGGUGGCACCAAGAACCGUGGCUCGCGCCCAUCGCACCACGUCGACGCCUCCGGUGCCGUUGACCGCAAGGUCAUGCAGGCUCUCGAGAAGAUUGGUGUCCUCGAGCAGGAUGAGGAGAAGGGUGGCCGCCGCAUCACCCAGUCUGGCCAGCGUGAUCUGGACCGUAUCGCCCAGACCACCGUCGAGGCUGAGGAGGAGGAUGAGGAUGACGAGUAAAUGUCUGAAUUAUCACGACCAAAAGCAUUUGAUACAGGGUGACAGGCAGGAUACUCGAUGCAUUUCAAUGGCGCGGCGUUCCGGGAUACUGGCAGCGUAACAUGCUGCUGGUAGGAGCCGGCUUAGUGACUGAAUGAACCAGCUUGAUACCCAAUUCAGUCUUUGCCGUCUCUGUUCCUUCUCACGUUGCCUUCAGCUGGUCACGUUCCACUUCCGGAUGCUUGCAUCGUAGAUCAUUUCCAGACAAUGCUGAAGAUAACGGCAGUGCGCAAAGACUUGAACCUGCCAACCUGCGUAGUGAUCCGAAAGGCCCGCAAAUGAUGUGGAAACGAUGUGACCAGAAGAGUGACAGCAGGCGCCGACUGGCCAAGAAUUGAUGUGGCGGUAGCACUGGGGCAACACUGUCGUUUGCCAUUGGCACUGGUAUCGUGCAGCGAGGGGCCAACUCGAGCAGAGCAUGUGGAUUAGAUCGUGAAGUCCGACAAUUAAGAGGAGCUUUGAAAGCAGGAAAUGUUACUUCGUAUAGCGACUUCAAACAGGCGUGAAAUACGAGGUCAACUCUAAGAGAGCGCACGAAGAAAACCAUCU